CUGUGACUUGUGUGAGUGGGACAAGCUCUUUCCGCGACUUUCUGGGCGGCACCUGCUGGUGGGAGAGCGCUGCGUCAAAUGGCCGCUGCUGGUCAACUGCAUCUUGUCGUUGACUCACUUGCAGUCUUGGCAUUUCCGUUUUACUUCGGUCCGUGCCAAGUCCGGAGUCUUUUCACUUACUGCGCUCUCUUUUGACGUUAGUAUUUAUCCUGUAUCAACUCUCUUUUCAUCAUGAGUACCUCCGCCGUCUCUUCAUCCUCCGCUUCAACAUUGCUCAACACCCGCCCCGAUACCAAGCAGAGCUGGCACAACAGUAUCGACCUCAGCGCUCGACGUACCGUGCUCCUCCAUAUUCUGAUGCUACUCAAGUCCAAGUACGGUAAAGUGGACGCCAAGAUCUCGUACAUCGGACGUCGUGCUGAGCUAGCGCUCUACAGCCAAGCCUUCUCGGCUUGGGAGUACCGUAACCCGCAGACAUUAAGUCGACGUCUACACUCACUCGUGGUCAAGCUCCACCUGAACAACCUCGCAGCACUGGAACAUGCGGCGUUUGCUAUGGAAUUGAUGGACAGUGCUUCCUCACGCAAGCGCAAGUGCUCGACGGACGAGCAAUCCGUUGGGAAGCGCGCUCGAAUUGAGAAUAUUGACGCUGCAACCACCAGUCCGCUGUUUUUUUAUGGCAAUCACGAUCUACUGCAACAUGUGUGCUCGUUCUUGGAGGCCAAAGAUGUGCUGCAUUGUGCGGCUACGUGCUCACAGGCCUCUUCUCAGUUGCCUGCGUUCGUGGGGACUAUUGAGGUUACAACUAUGGGGAUGAUGAAGCUGUCGUCGUCGAUCCGUUCGACGUUCUUUCAACGAUUUCCGAACUUAAAAUGUUUUUCAUUAUCGGGUCGGAAGCAAGCGCAGCAGUUCAAUUUUCAAGAUGAGAAGACGCUGGUUGCUCGCAAUGUACUGGUGCGCAGUAUGCUGCAUGCGUUGAGCAACGCCCAAUUACCCAAACUUGAGGUCUUCUCGCUCAACUUCUGCUAUUCUGAAGGACUUAAGGACCAUGUUACGAGUCAGAUUGCCACAGUGUUGGCAGGUCCGUCCAGCAACUUCCCGCGACUACACACACUGUCCCUUGUGGGCAACUGCAUCUCGGAUGGUGGCGUUAUGGAUCUCUAUGAUGCCAUUGCUCUUCCGCGUGAUGGCACUUCUCGUCUGACACUGCUGGAUCUGUCGCAAAACUUCGUCGGUGAGCGCGGCUACGUGCAGAUGCAGGAGCUAGUAAUUCAAUUCGCUAGUCGCGGAUCCGCUCUGAUUGUUAACGUGAUGAACAAUCUCUUGACGGCAGCAAGCCCCGUUGCGGACAGUGUCCUUGUCGAGUAGAUUGAUGCAGUAUGUAGGUAGUAUAGUGAGUGUGUGAAGUGAAGUUGCAUGUCAGAUUAAUGCCAACAUCUUGGGUACGACUUCAAAUUUUAUGGCUUAAGGUUAAAAGGGAUGAGUUUAGUGAAACCUUGC